AUGUUAGAGCCUCAGUCGCGUUCGCAACCCCCCGAUGCUGAACCAGCCAUCAACCAUGGCGGUUGGCAGUGGGCUGUCGCGGCCGGUUGGGUGGGAUUGAUUUGGUAUACCGUCGUGGUGGCUGUCUGCAUGCUGGGUUACUUUCAGCUAUGGCACUUUUAUUUGAGGAAACCCCGGAAAUCUUCAUCCGCAUCGGCUUCGAACGCCCCCCACGUCACCGCGAUCCGACCGGUGAAGGGUCUCGAACCCCAUCUCUACGAAUGCCUGGCGUCGACUUUUCGACAGGACUACCCUCGCGAUAAGCUGACUGUUUGCUUCUGCGUGUCCUCUCGCAGUGAUCCUGCCUAUCCUAUCCUCCAGAAACUGGUGUCGGACUUCUCGCAGUUCGAUGCACGGCUUUACGUCGAAGACGAUGACCCGUUACUCCAGCCGGGCCACGUCCCCGCCUACGACUUGGGGCCCAACCCCAAGAUUCGGAACAUGAGUCGUGCCUACCGUGAAGCCAAAGGGGAUAUUGUCUGGAUUAUCGACUGCAACGCGUGGGUCGGCAGAGGCGUCUGUGGACGCAUGGUGGACAAAUUAUGCGGGACUGGUGCCGACUCGACAAAGAGAUACAAGUUCGUGCACCACCUGCCGGUUGCAGUGGACAUGACGGGGACCGCUGGUCUCAGGGAAGAGCAGGAAGCGCUGUUGGAGGCUCACACAAACCGAAACGACAGUCGCGACAGCAGCGAGACCGCCAUGGUCAUGGACCACGGGGCUGGUAUGCUGGCGACCGGUGGUGGCCGCUUGGAAGAACUGUUCCUGUCCUCCUCGCAUGCGAAAAUGUACACUGCCAUCAACACUGUUCUGAUCGCGCCAUGCAUCGUGGGCAAGUCGAACAUGUUCCGCCGCUCGCAUCUCGACUACCUCACUGCGCCGUCUCCGGCAGAUCCCCACCGGCGGAACGCGGGCAUCGACUACUUCUCAGAUAACAUCUGUGAAGACCACCUGAUCGGAGACCUGCUCUGGAGAAAACAGGUCCGCGGGGAGAAAGAGCAAGGAGAGCGCUGGGGCAAACACGCCCUGGUGUUCGGAGAUCUGGCCUUCCAGCCUGUUGCCAACAUGAGCGUGCAGGCGUAUGUGGCUCGCCGAGUGCGGUGGCUACGCGUGCGCAAGUUCACCGUGGUCCUCGCGACGCUGGUUGAGCCAGGCACCGAGUCAAUUCUAUGCUCUUUCUACGGAGCAUGGGGUGCCACGACAGCUCUGGCACAAUACCUCGGAGACCAAGGGUAUGCCAUUGCAGAGGCACUAUCCACCUGGACUGCAUUCUGGGGCUUCUUCUGCCUGAGCAUAGUGACGUGGAUUCUCAUCGACUGGACCGUGUACAUCAUGCUGCACAGCGGCAAGACGGUGGAACUGGACGAAGACACGCCGUCGUUCGCGCGGCCGCCCCAAGGCGUAACGCGGCGGCCCUUCCGGGCGUGGUUCACGGCCUGGCUGGGCCGGGAGAUGCUGGCGUUUCCGAUCUGGCUAUGGGCAGUGUAUGGCGGCGUGACGGUGAUCUGGCGGGAUCGACAGUUCCGCGUAGGAUUGGAUAUGAAAGUGCGGGAGAUUGGGGGAGAUUCUCUCGCAGUGAAGGGGUCAUCGUCUUCACGAUCCAGCUCGUCGUCGUCAUCUAAAGCCCGACGAGACUAA